UAUGCAUUGAGCAGGGUGUACAUGCACAUCAUCACACACACCAGCACACAAUUUCAAACAGACACACACACAAACACGAACACAGCAUGAAGAAAAUGAGUGUUACCUUUCACAUUCUUACACUCUUGGGAGUCCUAUUGCUGCCAGGAUUUGCUCAGGAUAAUUUUAACAAUGUUAAUAUUACCACAACCGAUAAAUCAGCUCCUAAUGAGAGUAUCACACCAGGCGGUGUGAACAUGAGCACAAAUGAAGGGUAUAGCUACAACAUCUCCAACAAUGAAACUUUACCAUCACAGCAAGAGACCCAAGGCAGUAAUAACGAGACCAAAGAUGGAGUGUUUGCCACCAACACUAUUGUACCACCAGAGGAAGAGACUGAAACUACCCAAGGCAAUAGUAACAAGACCAAAGAUGGAGUGUUUACCACCAACACUACUGUACUACCAGAGCAAGACAACACAGAUGUUGGGAGUUCAGAUUGGAAUUUAACCAAGAGCACAGAAGGGGCGAUCACAACUGGACCAGGCCCGACAACCACAAAGAAAAGCACCACAAGCAGUACCACAAAGAGCACAACGGCACCGGCGCGUCAUGAUGGCAAUGCAAGCAACCCAGUCUAUGUUGUUGUCUUGAUCCUUGUGAUUCUGGUUAUUGCUGUUGUGGCCAUCAUCUUCUUCUGUGUUAAGGCUAAUCGCAGGCGGUUCUCUGUCGAUAUCCACUGUAAAAAUGAAGAUGCUCAGAUUCCUCUUGCUGCAGUGGAGACAGAAGUGUGCGACGCUUCACUUACAGAUAUGAAAACAUUUAUGAAUGAUAAGGAGACUUCACCGCCGCCUGACUCCAAAGAAGAAGGAGCCCUACCUGAAGCUGAUCAGCAAGUGAAGGAAAGCCCAGCUGAAACUCAAACGUCUGAAGCUCCUGCUGAAAAGCCAGCUGAGCCAAAUAUCGUGGAUGAAACCGAUGGAGAUCCAGCAGCCUCCACCAAGACCUCUGUGGAGACUUUGAAUGACGUGCUUAAUGAGAACAACAACAACAACAAUGCAGAGCGCAGUGUCCAUGCCCUGUUCUUUGAGAUUGGCCUUAAUGACUAGCUUUAGGAUGGGUCGAAGCGGAAGAUGUAAUCACUGAAGAGGAAAUGUCUUACAGAUCCUAUAGAAACUGGGGGAAAAGAAGGAAAGUAUGCAGGAAUGAAAUAUACAGGUGCAUCUUGAUAAAUUGGAAUAUCAUUAAAAAGUUUAUUUUAUUAAUUCAAUACAAAGAGUUAAACUCGUGGAUUACAUAGAUUUAUCACACACAGACUGAUAUAUUUUAAGUGUUUAUUUCUUUUAUUUUUUGAUGAUUAUGGCUUAGAGUUACUUAAGAUCAAUAAAAAAUAGAAAGUAAAUAAAAACAUUUUUAACACAGAAGUGUUGGAUUAUUAAAAAGAUGUACAUGUACAGAACUCAAUACUCGGUUGGGGCUCUCUUUGCAUAAGUUACAGCAGUGGCAUGGAGGCGAUCAGUCUGUAAAGCUGUUGACUUGUUAUGGAAGCCCAGGUUGCUCUGAUAGCGGCCUUCAGUUCUUCCAGGUUGUUGGAUCUGGUGUCUCAUAUCCUCCUCUUUACAAUACCCCAUAGAUUCUCCAUGGGGUUUAGGUUGGGCGAGUUCGCUGGCCAAUCAAGCACAUGGAUAUCAUGGUCCUUUAACCAGGUAUUAGUACUUUUGGCAGUGUGGGCAGGUGCCAAGUCUUGCUGGAAAUUUAAAUCAGCAUCUCCAUAAAGCUGGUCAGCAAAGAGAAGCAGGAAGUGCUCUAAAACGUUCCUGGUAGAUGGCUGUGCUGACCUUGAACCUGAUACAGUGGAACACCAGCAGAUCACAUGACUCCCCAAACCACCACUGACUGUACAAACUUUACACUGGACCUAAAGCAACUUGGAUUCUGUGCCUCUCCUUUCUUCUUCCAGAUUCUGGGACCUUCAUUUCCAAAUGAAAUGCAAAAUUUCCUUUCAGCUGAAAAUACAACUUUGGCCCACUGAGCAACAGUCCAGUCCUUUUUGUCCUUUGCCCAGGUAAGACACCUCUGAUGUUG